CCGUCUGCACCCUUCACUCUGAUUGGCCAGAGGCCCAGUUACCAUGGGGAUACUGUAGCAACCGUGCGUGCGCCCCGCCCUUUUUACCAUACAUGGUCGGUUUGGGGCUCGUUUGUAGCUUGUGAUUGGUGGACGCGUUUUUUUCCGUCACCGUUUUGAGAAGUCACGAUAGAGAAUUUUGUCACUGUUUUCCAAAGCGCGCAAAUUAAAGGUACACUGGCACCCGGAUUGUUUAUGUUUAUUGAAAAUAUUCAUAAACAUUUUUUAUUUAAAAAAAGGAAAACGAGCCGCAGCUAACGGUCGACACCUCGGUUAAAGAGCAGAGUAAAGACGCGGAGCAGGGCCGAGAAAAGACUACCACUAUCGACAUCAGAAGAAUAACAGCAGGGACGAUGGUGCUGAGAGAGAGCGACGCGGGGAACCGCCUGACCACGGCGGCGGCGCGAGGAGACACGGCAGAGGUGCGCAAGCUGCUGGAGGAGAGUCGCGUUCACCCGGACACCAGGAAUGAAUUCGGCAAAACAGCCUUACAGGUCAUGAUGAUGGGUAACACCAACGUCGCUUACCUGCUGCUGGAGAGUGGUGCCGACCCGAACAUCCAGGACCGUUUCGGGAUCGCGCCAGCCCAUGAUGCUGCCCGGACAGGGUUUUUGGACACACUGCAUGUCCUGGUCGAUUAUGGCGCCUCGGUCAACAUCGCCGAUCAGUCUGGUACUCUGCCCAUCCACAUUGCCAUUCGAGAGGGCUACAGAGAUGUAGUGGAGUUCCUGGCACCGCGUUCCAACCUUGGCCACCAGGACACCCGAGGGGACACGGCGCUGGACAUCGCAGAAGCUUCGUGCACACCAGAUAUGGUGGAGCUGCUAAAGCGGCAGCUGGAAUCCUCCCUGGCUUAUAAGUUUCAGUGAAAUCUGGGGCAGUUGUGAAUUUUUACACCACUCUAAAGUCGUCAAGAAACCUCUGUACAGAAGUAGGUUCCAUUACUACAGUACUAUGUUAAUUUUAGUUUCUUUCCUUGUUCAGUUAGACAGUUAAAACUAGAUGAAGAAUGUAGCAGCAGUUUUGCACAGAGCAAAAAACUGUCGAAGGAAACGUGGACCACGUUCCACUCGCCGUCGUUCUGGGAGUUUGCCAUGCACAAUUGUAGAUCAGCUCUUUUUUCAUUCUUUUAUAUGAGAAGUUACAUUUACUGCACUGGUCUGUGUAGAAAACUUGAACUGUUAACCAUAAAAAAAAAAAACAGAAAACGAAAGAAAAAAAUCUCAUGAAAUUACUGUUGCCUUUUCUCACCUAGUGAGAUUGUGCAACAUGCACUGAUAAACUUGCAUGAUCAUUUUGCUUAGUUUGUAUUUGUUUGUGUGUGCAUUACAAUUUACUGUUUUUUUUUUUAUGUGUACAUAGCAUUGUAUGAAAAUAUCAACUUAUUUAUUGACAGAUUGUAAAUACAUUUAUGUUUAAUGUGGGAUUUCUGAUGUUAUUUAUAAAGGUACUUAUCCAUACCCUUUUUCCCCUGUUAUAGAAAAUUUGUACUGAUGUAAUGCUAUUGUUAUUCCAUGAAUUCUUUGAAACACAAUUACAUUUUUAAACGUAAAGAGAUUGUU